AAUAAUUCCACUCUAUAAAUAUUUCGGCCUGUAUGUGACAAGCCAUGAAAAUCUCCAGGCAAGAGGAGGAAGGAAAAAUUGUGAUGAAAUGAGCAAAAUGCAGAAGGCAUGGUUCUACAAUGAGUAUGGACCUCUCGAUGUUUUGCAAUUUGGGGAUUUCCCUGUUCCAAAGCCAGGGCCCGGUCAGAUGUUGGUUAAAAUCCGCGCAGCUGCUCUAAAUCCUGUGGAUUUCAAGCGGCGAGAAGGUUUGUUCCGGAAUAACGACUCCGACUUUCCAGCUGUGCCGGGGUGCGAUAUGUGUGGAGUGGUCGAGGAAGUGGGCGAGGGUGUGAGCAAGUUUAAGAAGGGCGACGAGGUUUACAGUGACAUUCAAUACUUCACAUCCGAGAAGCCCAAAGACUGCGGUACUCUUGCUCAGUACACAGUUGUGGAAGAAGAUCUCACCGCCAUCAAGCCAAAAAAUCUGUCUUUUGAGGAAGCCGCCAGUUUGCCGCUGUCUCUGUUAACUGCCCAGCAGGCCUUCGACGACGUCAAUUUUCAAAAGGGGUGGAGCAUCUUUAUUGUGGGAGGCGCUGGCGGCGUGGGGAGCCUGGCGAUCCAGCUGGCAAAGCAUGUGUACGGAGCUUCCAGAAUUGUUUCGACUUGCAGUACGGGGAAAGUGGAUUUUGUGAAAAGCUUGGGGGCUGAUCUGGUGGUGGAUUAUACCAGGCAGAGCUACGAGCAAGUGGAUGAGAAAUUCGAUUUCGUUUUCGACACCAUAGGUGAGUCGAUGAAGUCUUAUGUGGUUGGCAAGGAAGAGGCUCCAAUCAUAGACAUUGCAGCGUUUUAUGAUCAUCAUCCGAGGGCUGAAUAUCUUUCUCUGGUACCUUCAGCCGCCAAUCUGGAGAGGCUUCAAGAGUACAUAGAGAGCGGGAAACCGAAGCCUGUGAUCGAUCCCAAGAGCCCGUAUGCGUUUUCUGAGGUUUUGGAAGCUUUCAAGCAUCAGGAAAGCUGCCGAGCAAGAGGGAAGAUUGUUAUUUCCCCCAUUGAGUAAUCGAGAUUUUAAUAUAUCCUGUGAAGUACGCUCCACUAUAAAUUUCGAGGAAUGUGUAUAUAAAUAUCUAAUGUGUUGUACAAAAUUUAGGGAAGAUGGGCUAUUAGUCGGGCUAGGUUCUAUCGUUGGGAAGGAGGUGGUCGUUAUGAAGUCUAAUGUCGCAAUAAAUUUAUCUAUAAAUAUCUUGUUAAUAAUUA